CAUGGUAACGUUCGUAUUCAGCCUCCAUUUUGUUUGCAGCCACUUUCUUUUUCCCCCAAAAAAUGUUUUACCUUCCCGACAGAAUAGUAAAUUGACUAAUCAUGGCAAUGACAGAAAUGGAUUCAAAUAAUCUAAAGGGUUGGUUAUAACGUAGCGGCUGUGCUACAACGGCGUUAAAUGAGUACGUUGGUGGGCUGUAGUUUAUAGUCUGCCCGACCGGUUCGAUGCAAAGGUUUGGGAACAUGCGCCAUUUUGUGAAAUAUACACAAAAAAGCUUUAAAGAGAACAGUGUCUUCAGGUUUGUAGUCGUCAUUUUUAAUCAUGAUUUGGAAGUAAUGCUGCUCUCGUUACAAUUGAUGUCUCGAACAGCUAACAGUAUACAUGCCUAGCUGCAUCGAAAUGUUGGUUUCCCUAUGGUCAGAUCGAAUACGUUUCCGCCGUUGACCGCGUUGGCGAGUUGACUGAGAGGCGCUGUUGAUUUGGAAAAAUAAUUGACAUCUAUUCAGAGGAGUGAGGGUUGUACGUUGGGAAAUCUGGGGGGCUCCAUGGAGAAGAGACUAUCGCCGUAAGGCACUGGGGAUUGUAAAUGAGGAUAUGUUUCUGGAAUAUGAAUAGGAAGACUGACAGGCAGCGACCAAGGAGAAGAGACUUCAGCAUGCAAACCUUCAUCUGUCCAGCUUGCUCCCUUGUUUUCGUUCCACGCUUCUGGGCUUCUGAUGGCUGCUCCCAUUCCCCAUUUGCACCAGCAGUACAGUGAGCAGCACCAACAGACUACUGACCCGUCUGUGCCGGCUCUGCCCCACAGCGGGCAGGCGCAGCAGUCUAUUGCCAGCCAGGUGACCCCUGAUGUUGUCAUGUUACAGAGGCGCAUGCCACAGUGCUUUCGCGACCCGUCCUCGUCUCCCCUGAGGAAGCUCUCUAUUGACCUGAUCAAAACCUACAAAUGCAUCAAUGAGGUAUACUAUGCAAAAAAGAAGCGGAGACACCAACAUGUCCAGGGCGACGACUCCAGUCACAAGAAAGAGAGGAAGGUCUUCAACGACGGCUAUGAUGACGACAACUACGACUACAUCGUCAAAAAUGGGGAGAAAUGGAUGGACCGCUACGAGAUCGACUCCUUGAUAGGCAAAGGCUCGUUUGGACAAGUUGUGAAGGCAUAUGACUGUGCAGAGCAGGAGUGGGUGGCAAUUAAGAUCAUCAAGAACAAGAAGGCUUUUCUUAAUCAAGCCCAGAUUGAAGUGCGGCUCCUCGAGCUCAUGAACAAACAUGACAUGGAGAUGAAGUACUACAUAGUUCACCUUAAGCGCCACUUCAUGUUCCGGAGCCACCUGUGCUUGGUGUUUGAGAUGCUCUCCUACAACCUGUACGACCUGCUGCGGAACACCAACUUCCGUGGCGUCUCACUCAAUCUCACACGCAAGUUUGCCCAGCAAAUGUGCACAGCACUGUUGUUCCUGGCCACACCCGAGCUCAGCAUCAUCCACUGUGACCUGAAGCCCGAGAACAUCCUGUUGUGCAACCCCAAGAGGAGCGCCAUCAAGAUCGUGGAUUUUGGCAGCUCCUGCCAGCUGGGACAGAGGAUCUACCAGUACAUCCAGAGUCGCUUCUACCGCUCCCCAGAGGUGCUGCUGGGCAUGCCUUAUGACCUGGCCAUCGACAUGUGGUCCCUGGGCUGCAUUCUGGUGGAGAUGCACACCGGAGAGCCCCUCUUCAGUGGGGCCAAUGAGAUUGAUCAAAUUAACAAAAUAGUGGAAGUUCUGGGUGUCCCUCCCAAUUACAUAUUGGACCAGGCGCCCAAGGCCAGAAAGUUCUUUGAGAAGAUAUCGGACAGCACGUGGGGUGCAAAGAAGACCAAAGAUGGCAAAAGGUAUAAGCCGCCAGGCAUGCGGAAGCUGCACAGCAUCCUGGGUGUGGAGGCGGGGGGUCCUGGGGGGCGGGCGGGUGAGUCUGGCCACGCUGUCGCUGACUACUUGAAGUUCAAGGAUCUGAUCCUUCGGAUGCUGGACUACGACCCCAAGAGCCGCAUCCAGCCCUACUAUGCCCUGCAGCACAGCUUCUUCAAGAAGACUGCGGAUGAGGGGACUAACACGAGCAGCAGCGUGUCCACCAGCCCCGCACUGGAGCAGUCCCAGUCCUCUGGAACCACCUCCAGCACCUCCUCCAGCUCAGGAGGGUCGUCUGGCACGAGCACCAGUGGGCGGGCGCGCUCGGACCCAACACAUCAGCACCGGCACAGCCGAGGUCACUUCAGUGCUGUGCAGGCCAUGGACUGCGAAAAUCUCUUCCCACAGGUGAGGCAGCCGCUCCCUCUCCCAGUUGGCUGGGCUGGUGGCAAAGGGGCGCAGACAGUGACAGUGGAGACCCACCCCGUCCAGGAAACCACCUUUCACGUGCCUCCCCAGGCGCCCAAGGCCAUCCACCCCUUGGCCCCCGGCAACAGCUCCUCCGCCCACCAGCACCAUCACCACGGACACCAUCACUUACACCAUCAACCCCACCACCCCCAUGGACAGCAGGGCCUGUCUGCGCGGCCCCACCUCUACCACUCCCCUAUCAACAGUGCCUCCACCGAGAACUCGGUGGAGGUGGUGCACGGCCACCUGUCUAUGACCUCCCUGUCUUCCUCCUCCUCUUCCACAUCUUCCUCUUCCACCGGGACCCAGGGGAACAAGGCUUACCAGCUGCGCCCGCUGCCUGCCAACGCAGCCGUGGACUUUGGCCAGAAUGGCAGAAUGGGACUGGGUGCCUUCUCCAACCCCAGACAAGAGACUGGGAUGGUGGGCCACCCCACCUACCCCAUGGGCAUGAGACAAGGCAUAGACAGGGAGGAGUCGCCCAUGGCAGGAGUCUGUGUACAACAGAGUUCUGUCGCCAGUUCGUGACUAAACUGAGAAUGUUUUGUUUUUUUGAAGGUGGUGGGUUUUUAUUUCAACAAAAAAAGUGCGGAAAGAAUCAAUAAGCUGCUUUAAACUAGAGGGGGAGAUUAUCACUUACUCUCUACCACAAUGCAAAGCCCACCAUUUCCUCCCCAUGCCACCCUUGGGUUUCUCUCUUCACUUUGGUUUCAAAUGGGAUUAUUCGCUCCACCAUUUUCAGUGUUCACAGGGAAUUAGAUUUUUACUACAAACGUUCUUGCAUAACAUACUUCACAACAGUACUGAAACAUCCAUUCAUUUCACAUACAACUCUCACUCGACUGCAUGGUUUGCAUUAUUCCUUCUUAUUGUCAGCCGAGAACUUAGAAGUCUGUGGAUAGAAAAUGACGUAGACAUUAUUUGUUAACGGCUAUUUAGUAAAGGAAUUGUUACAGCACCAUAACAUUUCCAGAAACUCCUAUCCACACAUUUGCACUUUUUUCCAUAUUCGGCAAGAAUAAUUUUCUCUGGAUUUAUAUUCUCAUUUGAAUUUUUCUGUUCUGUUGUACAAUCCCACCUGUGAGCUGUGAGACAUGAAGUGUAUACUACAAAGCAGGAUCAAUGAGUUGGCUAACUUUUAUAAACAACCAGGUUGUUGUCAUUAGACCAUUUCUAUUUCAAGCUUCUUCUUUUUUUAAAUAAGUUAUUUCUGAAUAUUAAGGCAAGUUGGCUGGCAAACUCAUUGAUCCUGCUUUGUAGUAUACCUGUCCAUAGAGUUGCAGAGGAUUGAAGCAUUACACAAGGAGUUUCCAUCUCGCUGGUUUGUCUGUCACACUUUCUUUGAGAGGAAUGUGGAUGCGCUGCGCGGGGGGCCAGCCAUGUACAGCUGUGCAGCAGAGUGCCAUGCUGGGAGGCCCCAGGCACGUAAAGGUGGGGCCCUCCUAGCCCUCCCCUGGACUGGAAAAAGGCCACACUGAAGAGAUGUACUUAGGAGCAGUGGCCAGGGCCGAGCCACCCCAAACCUACAGUACAGUUGUCCAGGCAGUGUCCGGUUUUUUAGAUAACUCUUUGGCCUUAUGUUUUUUGGGACUCUGAAAUUAAGGGUGGGGGGUGGGGAAAGAAGCUGGACAUUAUCGUUUAAAUGAGAAAAUAGCUUUCUAUUUUUGAAGUUUGGGUAUAAAACAAACAUAAUUCUUAACAAAGAAAAAGUAGAAAAAAUGUGUUUUGAGAAUGGUAAUUUGAGGCCUUUAACUAAAACGUGUGACUUGCGAGGUCCAGUGAUUGCCGGGCCUUGUAAGUUCACAGAAGUAUUUUUGUUGCAAGAUGGAUGGAAUUGGCUAUGACUGUCCCUUCCAACUUUUUACUUGUUUCUUCAGCAUGUGGUUCCUCCAACAGAGCUUCUGCAAAAAUGUCUUCUGUUCAUCUUCAAUAUGAAAACAUGCUGAAUUUUAUGUGACUGCUUUUUUGCCUCACAAUUAUGCUGUGAAUUUUACAAGAAUUUAUUUUCCCUUUUUGAUAAUUUAUUGUACCAAAGCUGUUUUUAUAGCACAUAGAUUUCUGUAACCAAUAAUGUAGCAGUUCUGCACUUUGACACAAGGUAUAUCAAGACCUUUUUAAAAUGUCAGUAAAAAUGGCUGAAUCUAUUGCUUUAGCAAAACUGGAGCUGUUGUUGAACUCAGUACAUUUACUGUUAGCUGAAUCUUCAACAGAAUUGGUUGUAAAGGUUUUUUUCUCUCUCUAAAAAGACAAACAACAAUCAAAAACAAAUCUCUCAUUGGUAUAACUUUUUUCUGUUCUCAAGGACUUGAGGGACAAUAGAUGCCAACGCUGAUUGCUACUCUGCGGGUUCCGGAGUAUCAGUAUGGUCGCUGUUAGUUGAGGCAAGUCCUCGUAUUCAUGAGUUGAAAGUGAGAGAGGAAAGAUGUGAACAGUGCAUUAAUCCUUAAAUUUGUGACCAGGUAUUCAGCGGUUGUUUCAAACGUGCCUGUCUGGAUAAAGCUGCCUUGACUACUUUCGGCAGUCUUCAUGGCAGUGGCUAAAAUGGUGCCCCUUUCCCCCCGUCAAUUUAGAAACAACCUUUUUUGACCUAGCUAGCAGAGAGGCACUGUACACAUCCACAUUUUAGCUGGGAUACUGCUCUAAAUUAGCUAAAAUCCAUGUUUGACUGAAGCUCUCACCAUGGAGGUUGAAUCCAAAAGGAAACUAGUGGGGACUAAUGGUGUGAGAGGUGAGCCCUGCCUGCUGGAGUGUCCUACUCCAGUCUCAUCGUGUGAUGCCUGAGGAUACGGGAGAACUGGCCUAAGUUUUGUACCCUUUGCAAAAAUUUAAGGGGGCGGCAACAGCAAGAGGAAAGGUGUCCAUGACAUCACAGGCUUCAGGUGUUUACUUUUCAACCCCAUUUUAAUAGCUGAAAUAGAAUUUAUUAUGUAUAUAUUUGUAUUUUUUUAAUAAAGGAAGUUUAGAACUCACUACUUUUUUCCUAAUGGUAUUUUGAGUACAUUUAAGUCAAUGUGGAGACCAUGCAGUGGAAGUUCUGUGAUAUUAGUCAGUGGGUAACCGUGCUUCCAGGCCAAAGUAGUUGACAAUGCCAGUACAAAUGCAAAACUUUUAGGGUUUAAAUUAACAGGAGAGUAGAUAUUCAUACCGUAAAUAUUAUAGACAGGGUAUGGUGUGUGGAUGUGUCUACAAAUGACAGCUGUGUUUUAAUAUAUAAAUACGCAAUUAUGUACAUAUAUUACAGGAACUAUUUUUAGGUGCAUUAAAAUUGGCAUAAGCUUCCACCGUGGGGCCAUUUGCAGUCGGCUACUGAUACGUGUGUGUGAAAGUGAAAGCCACGAUCGUCAACAAACAUCCAACUUUUACUCCCAAGUGUUCAAUAUCAUUUCUGCUCUGCUCCCUAUUUAAUUGGAAUACAGGCUUUUUAUUGCCACCCUUGCCUUCCUGUCCUCCAGUCGUCUGAUUUUGAGUGAUUGACAACAGUUUGGUUACAGGACAUCUGACGUGCAUUGUAAAGAUUAAACGGCAUGGGAAAAGAAAUACCUGUGUCCACAGAUUCAGAUCUAGUCAAUACUUGCUCUGUAUAUGAGAAUGUUCCAAACAUUUUUUUUUAAUGGACACGCCCUUUGUAGUAUAUUCAAGCGGUCUUAUGUAUGAUAUAAACAUUUAAAAAAGUGAA